AUGACGACGACUUUGAAAAUACGUAAUCUUCUUGUAAAUUCUAAAAUCAUUAUCUUGGAUGACAUUCACAUAUCGUCCUUGUCAAGAAGCCAUAGAUCAUUUGUCACCGCUUCAAAACCUCUACGAAAGGAAAACACGGAUGAAAAGGUCGAACAAACAUGUCAAGAGGUAACGGAAGCAGCCGAUGAAGUUAAGGAAGGGUUCACAGAGGUUUCGAAUAUGACAAAAGAAGUAAAAGGAAAACUAUCGGAAGCCAAGGGCAGUUUAGUGAAGAGGGCAAGGGAAAAUGUUGUUGACAUUGCAGCUCAAAAAGCUAAAGAGCAAGUUAUCAAGAAAGUCAAAUGA